GGUCAAGGCUUUAUCAUCUAAAUAUAGUAUCCACAGUGUCUAUCUGGUGUCCACAGCUGUUUUCUCUCUCCCCCUUUUUUUAUGAAGCAUGGCUAUAAGAGGGUGUGCGUGAGUCUGUGUAUAUGAGCUCUGACAACAGUAGUGAUCCUGUACAGCUUAACAGCAGGAGAAGCAGCAGCAGAGGGAGAAUGGUCAGACAUAUGUUCUCUAAUCUCUUACUACUCUGGUCACUCAGCCAUGACAUUUAUGUAACUGGACUGACAGAUGAUGAUCCCAAGGAGCAGUCCUGGAACAACCAGAACCUCUACUCUGUCCCUCUGGAUUUGGAUGUAAGACUUAGAAGACUAGACCUGUCCAAUAACUUCAUCAGACAGUUGCACACACUUGUUUUGCCAAACUUGGAACAGCUGGACCUGAGCGCCAACCAGCUGGAUCUCAUCUCCGAGGGGGCUUUUGAAAACCUGGCUCAACUUGAAGAGUUGAAUUUGUCCAGAAAUGCGCUGAACAACAACCUUGGCGGCAACAGCAAAGCCCUCCAAUCCAUCAGUGGGCUGAGGAGUUUGGACAUAUCGAUGAAUGGUCUGAGUGAUGAUGCAGUGGAGCUGUACCUUCAACAGAAAUCGUCUCUUGAUCAACUUAAGAUGACUGGUAAUGCUUUAACAAGACUUUCACACAGCUUGUUCAAAGACAGUAAAGGCUUGAGGGCCAUUACUAUUGAUGACAAUCUGAUAUCAGUGAUAGAACCAGGGACAUUUGAACCAUUGAGCCAAUUGGAGAUGCUAAGCUUGGCCAAAAAUAACCUUGAACAUAUCUGUGAUUUUAAAUUAUAUCAAGUUAAGUAUCUGAACCUUAGUCAAAAUUCACUGGAAUUUUUUGUUACACGUGAGGACAACCGGUUGUAUGGGCUUGAAGUUCUUGAUUUGAGUUUCAACAAACUCCUUUAUUUCCCAAUUGUUCCAAAAAUGAACUAUUUGAGGUAUCUUCAUUUACAGAAUAACAUGGUUGGUGCCUUAAAUUCAGAGGCUGCAAUGGUAUCAGAGGCCAAUUCUCUUUAUAAUGAGAUUAUGGAUAAGAAUAUAAUUAGAAAAAAUAACCUACACUCAAACUGGAGGCAGAUGCCAGUGACCUACAUUGACCUGAGCUAUAACCACUUCAGGUCUUUCCCACUGGAGACUUUGAGCCUUCUCUCAGCUUUAGAAACUCUGAAUUUCAGUCACAAUUGUCUGCAAAACAUUAUCUGGAAUAUUAGAGAUUACACUGAUCUAGGAUACCACCGGUUGCUUUUCUUUCCCUCCUUAAAGCACCUUGACCUGCAAAGCAAUGGACUCGUACACAUUUCCCCACUCUUUCUCAACGCACUCAGAAAAAUAGAUACAUUAAAUCUACAAGACAAUUCUGUACAGCCUUGUGCUCUCUCAGACCAUUUGAGAAGCUCUCAGUCAACACAACAAAGAAAUCUCAACACAUCUUGCGUUGCCUUCGGGCAGCUAAGGACUCUUAAACACCUCAGUCUCAAAGGAAACAAUAUAAAAAUGCUUCAUCCAAACACAUUUCAGGAAACCUCUUUGGUUUCCCUCAAUCUUGCAAGAAAUGCUCACAUAGUAAUGCAUGUGAGUGCACUAGAGGGGGUGGAGAAAACUCUUGAAUCCUUGGUUAUGAGUGAGAUAAACAUGACUAGCUCUGAUCUGUCUUUGCCCUGUAUGCCAGCAUUAACUCAGCUGAACUUAUCCAACAACCAUCUUGAUAUUAUACCCAGCAGUUUAAGCUGCUCUCCGCUGAGAGAAAUUGACAUUAGAAAUAACCAUCUUGUGUCUUUAAACCAUUCUUUGAUUCACGCUUUAUCUGUAAACCUUAAUCUCAUGUAUAUCAGUGGAAAUUACUUUAACUGCUGUGACUCUAAAUGGCUGACAGCCCUGAAUGAGUCGGAAAUUAAACUGCCUGAUCUCAAUGACACUGCAUGCUUUACAGGUGAUGGUAACAUUAUGAUAACAGAGUAUCUAAAAAGCUCUUCAGAGAAAUGUUUGUUUCACAGAGAAGCACAGGAAGUUCACUUUGGACAAAUCUUCAUUAUUGUUUUAUUUGUAUUUGUAUUAUUAACAGUGUUCAUCAUAUUUACCAGGAAGCUGUGUUGCACACAAAGAUCAUUUAUAGUGUGAUAGAUAAAAUCUAUUGUCAUUUAUUUAGUUUGUGCAUUACAUUGUAGCCAGUGAGAAAGUGAGAAAAGAAAGAGAGCAAACUACUGGUGCAUAAUUCCUGUGAGAUUCACUUUGCUUGACGUAUUUACAGAAGUGCGGCUUCACGGUUGGUUAAGCUGUAAAAACUUACAGACCUUGAGUUAAUUAAAUGCAGUAAUCAGACACAUUUAUCUAGUGUCACUCUAUGCAAGCUUUUUCUUGUGACUCCACUUCACAUUACUAGUCUGUCAGACACGUAUCACGCUAUGUGACCUGCGUGGCUAAAGAUGUUGUGAUUGAAAUUGGCUUUAACGACUCCCAAGCUGUUUGGUUACAGUGCAUGCCAAAUAACUAAUCAGGCGGAGAACUCUAUGCCUAUCCUUCAUUGUGAAAUAUUUAUUUAUAACUAGCAGUUUAACCUUGGCUCAAAGUUUUAUGACGUCCAUGAAGCCUUGCACAACAUUCCCAGAAUCAAGACUGACCUCCUCAGAAAUUCAAUACAACACCAAUGAGAAACCUCAGAAGAGUUUGUAUAAACAUGAAUGUAUGUAUUUUUAAAUAAAUAUAAUUUAUUUAACAGUGUGUACAAGAUUCCAUUAUAAUAUAUAUCACUAUCUGCAACUGUCUAUGUUUUGUAAUGUAUAAUUUAUGUGGCUCUGACCUAGCAAACUGCUGUAAAACAGUGAUAAAUGUGGCUACAGUUAUGCUAAACAUAUUAAACAUACUGUGCCUAAUAA